UGGUUAUGCCACCCAGGUGGUCAUUGCGUAUGCUGCAGUGUCAUACAUCAUCAUCCAGGCCUGGGCCUUCUUCUACUUGUUCUCCUCCUUCAGUGCCGAGGUGCCAUGGGCCAGCUGCAGAAACCCCUGGAAUACAGAUUGUGUUUGCUCUGAUGUUCUUCAGUGGGGCCAUUCUACCCACCUCACCUGUCACCCUGGUAUGAACCGGAGCCUCGUGUUCCUGCGUCAGCGCUUUUGAUGGCCCACCAUGGAGGGAGAUGUCCGGGGAGUUUGUCUCAGCCUGUUUGGUUUGUGCCCGGAACAAAACCUCCACUAAACCCACUUCCGGUCUGCUCCACCCUCUGGACUUCGUCACUGGCCUUCCCCCAUCGAACGGUAACUCCGUCAUCCUCACCAUUAUUGAUAGGUUUUCCAAAAUGGCUCACUUCAUUCCCCUCUCCAAGCUACCGUCCUCCAGGGAGAUUGCGGACCUGUUAGUACCCCGUGUGUUUUGUCUGCAUGGCAUCCCCACUGACAUCGUUUCCGACAGAGGACCCCAGUUUACUUCCCAGGUAUGCAGAUUCUUCUGUUCAGCUCUUGGUAUCAAUGUCAGUCUUUCUUCUGGAUAUCACCCCCAGACCAACGGCCAGACCGAACGGGCCAAUCAAGAGAUGGAGACUGCCCUACGCUGCGUGACUUCUGCUAACCCUUCCCCCUGGAGCGCUCAGCUACCCUGGGUUGAAUAUACUCACAACACCCUCACCAACGCCUCAUCAGAAUCUUGUGUAGAAUUUGACAAGAGGAAUCUGUCAGCUAACUGGACAGUCCCUGUGAAUGCAACUUCACCUGCGACAGAGUUCUGGGAGCGCAGGGUGUUGAGCAUCUCAACAGGGAUAGAACAGAUUGGUAGACUGCGGUGGGAGCUGGCUCUGUGUCUGCUGCUGGCCUGGAUACUCUGCUACUUCUGUGUCUGGAAAGGAGUGAAGUCUACUGGGAAGGUGGUGUAUUUCACAGCUACCUUUCCCUAUCUGAUGUUGAUCGUUCUAUUGGCUCGGGGACUCACGUUACCUGGAGCUAUUGAUGGGAUCAAGUUCUACCUCUACCCGGACCCUGCUAGACUGGUCGACCCACAGGUAUGGAUGGAUGCUGGAGCACAGGUGCUUUUCUCCUUUGGUAUCUGUCAAGGGAGUCUGACUGCACUGGGCAGCUACAAUCAUUAUAACAAUGAUUGCUAUAAGGACACGUUUGUGCUGUGUUUGGUGAAUGGAGGAUCAAGCUUCGUUGCUGGGUUUGCUAUCUUCUCUGUGUUGGGCUUCAUGUCAUAUGAACAGGGGCUGCCCAUAUCUGAAGUUGCAGCAUCUGGUCCUGGCCUGGCUUUCAUAGCCUAUCCUCGUGCCGUGGCCAUGAUGCCUUUACCUCAGUUGUGGUCCAUAUGUUUCUUCGUCAUGGUCAUCUUGCUGGGUGCUGACACACAGUUUGUCAGUCUGGAGUGCCUGAUGACCUCUGUGACAGACAUGUUCCCCACCGUGUUUCGAAGGGGGUACCGUCGAGAGCUGCUGCUGCUUUGUCUCUGCUCUGUCUGCUUCUUCCUGGGACUCCUUCUGGUCACAGAGGGAGGCUUAUAUUUUCUACAACUUUUUGACCAUUACGUGUGCAGUGGCAACAAUCUCCUUCUGCUCUCCGUCUGCCAGUCAAUAGCAAUCGGUUGGAUUUAUGGAGUGGAUCGUCUCUAUGACAACAUAGAAGAUAUGAUUGGGUAUCGUCCCUGGCCAGUGAUUAAGUACUGUUGGCUUUACGUCACCCCUACAGUCUGUUUGGGUACAUUCAUAUUUUCCUUGGUACAAUAUAAGCCCCUAAAGUUCAACAAAACCUAUUUGUACCCUGACUGGGCAUAUGCAUUGGGGUGGUUCCUGGGGCUCGCCUGUGUGGCUCUGGUGCCUCUGUGGAUGAUCUGGAAGGUCUAUCGGUCCAAAUUGACAGUCUGGCAGAGCCUAAAACAGCUAUGUCGCCCAGAAACCAACAAGGCCCUCAACCAGAAGCAGCAAAGUCCUGAACAGUGCCCUCUGAACCCAGAUUCCAUUCUUAAUCUUGAGUACAAGGGAAGUGGUGUAGUUGAGCUAGAGAUGCACACAUGACGUCUUGCUAAUUUGAAAACAUGAUACAUAGUACUUUUGAUAUGAUAUUUUCAGUGCCCAAUUAAACAGUCCAUACGUAAGUAUUGUAUAUUUUAGGAAUAUAUGCAAAUAAAAAAUUGUAUUCAUUUUGUAUUUUUUUUCCUCCAGAUCUCAGAUAUUGUAUUGAGGUAAUUUAUUUCUUACCUCAGCUAUUCUACCUAUACUGUAUAUAGGACCCACCUUAGUGGUGUUUGGUAGCCACAUUUUUGGGAUAGGACUUUUAUAAAUGUUAUUUGCACUGUGAGUUUUCAAAUACUUUUCUUUUCAAAUACCUUUAAGAUGUGAGUUGACUACUAUGUAGAUGGUGACGAUAUAAUAAUGGGGUAUGUUUUAAAGGUUAUUCUAAAUUGUUUUAAAUGUGCAUACAGCAAGCAUUGAUUAGCAACUAAGAAAGUUAAGCAGGAACGAAGAUAGCAGGAUUUGAGCAACCAAGCUGAAAUUGAUGAGAGAAAAUGGAUAAGCAGCAGGAAUUGAGAAUCCAAGGUAGUAGACUGUUUCUGGGCAUCUGAAGGAAACAUUCUCCUCAGAUGUGUCAAGUCAGUAUUUAACAGGACAGUCCUUCUGGAGGUAAUUUUGCAGGAAUUCACCAAAGGCAUAAAAGCAGCAUAUCAUCACUCAAAGACAAGGUCUUAUGGAACUCUAUGUAUGGAAAUCCACAUAUUAUGGAACUCCAGAAGCAAAUUAAGUGAAGUUCAAUUCCCUGCAGGACACAAAUAAAUUAUCCAACCAUUAGCACCUUGGAUUUGACAGAUAAAGAUAAUUGAUAAUUGUCCGAAUAACACCCCAAUUAUUUAGUUAGAAUAUUAAAUGACAGACAUGAUAUGAUGUGGAAAGGUGCGAAAUUAUGUUGUUAAACUGUCAAUUACAAUUAUCGUGAAACUGAUCUGA